CGAGCGCGCACACAACAUAGAAAUGCAAACGCUUUGGUGGGAAAAACCUUCAACAACUUUUGCAUCGUUCGAGGAGCUUUGCAAGUAGCGACAACAACUGAACAAUUAGUUGAUACAAAGACAGCAAGAUGAGUUCCAACACACUUGUCACUAAGCCAGAGCAGAGACCAGACUCCAUAGAUGACAUUCUUUCCACCCUGAAGAGAUAUGAUGCUUCUGUUAUCAAGGAUCUGGAAGAUUAUCUCCAGGACCAGUAUGAGAAGGGAUAUUCCGACGUCAAUGCCAACCUGGCGCUGCUGAAGCUGUACGAGCUGAGCGAAGAAACAUCCACAUUGAGAGAGGAGGCCACCAUCAAGAUCCUGAUCAAGGGGCUGACCAAGUUUGCAGACGAGGACUUCACGCUGUACUUGCACUUGCUGCCGGGAUACACGCUGUCCACACAGUCCGAAUACGCCUCCAAGAUCCAGAGCAUCGUGUCUCUGUACGAGCUGCUCAUCUCCAGUAAAUACACUGACUUCGUCGCUAAGAACCAGGAGCUCGGCAACGUUGUGAACGGCAAGAACCUCGAGAUCAUCGAGCAGACACACAACAAGACCGACACAGCAAAGUUCAUUGUCAACGAGGCUCCUUCAGAGACCGUCUCUGCAGGAAGACUCUACAAAGUCGUUGGUCAGUUGAUCUGAUUCACUCCGAAGGUGUGAGUCCAACAGCUGGGCUGAAACCACUGAGCUCAACUGUUGUGACCUCAACAUGCCGAUUGCAACCACCUCCACCUCCACCACGCCAAUGUAUACUAUAAAUGGUACGCCGAGAAUGAUAAAACC